UACAACCAAAUCAAAUCCUUUUGAGAAAUUGUUAGAAACGUUAUCCUCUCUGGGAAUCAGUCUCAGAGGAACCUCAUCCUUCUCGGGCCUCUCUUCCACUGUUACAAACCUUUUCCUUUCUCUCAUAAUAAAAAUGGCGGUCUCAAUCUCAUCUGUCACCUCAUCCUUCUCUUCUCUUUCAUUCUCCUCCAACCUCACUUCCAAAUCCCAAAUCUUACCUGUGGCGCGCACGAAAUCAUUCCCAUUAUCUCAUUCCGUUGUCGUGAAGCCCCUUUUUAUCACAGCAUCAUCGUCCUCCACUACUCCCCUCGAAGCGCCCGAGUCCCUCGACCUUCAAAAAUUCGUGAAGUCGCGCCUUCCUGGUGGCUUUGCGGCGCAGACAAUUAUCGGCACUGGUAGGAGAAAAUGCGCCAUUGCUAGGGUUGUUCUUCAAGAAGGAACUGGACAAUUCAUCAUUAAUUACCGGGAUGCCAAGGACUAUCUCCAAGGGAACCCACUGUGGCUUCAAUAUGUGAAAACCCCAUUGGCUACUUUGGGUUACGAAGCAAACUAUGAUGUCUUUGUCAAAGCCCAUGGUGGUGGGCUUUCAGGUCAAGCACAGGCAAUAUCUCUUGGUGUUGCCAGGGCAUUGUUGAAAGUUAGUGCAAGUCACAGAGCUCCUCUAAAACAAGAGGGUCUCCUCACUAGAGAUGCUAGGGUAGUGGAGAGGAAGAAAGUUGGUCUCAAGAAAGCUCGCAAAGCUCCUCAAUUUUCAAAGCGUUGAGUGUGUGUGUACAUCUGCUCAAGUUGAUCAAUCCUACCUCUACUUUUUAGCUACUGCUUUCUUUCUUCGAUGCUGCUGCGGGAGAUUUUAACAUGUCAAAUUGUUCACACUAAUGCAAUUAUAAGCUCACAGGAGUUUCGGCUAGCAAAGCCAUGUUGGCAGAAGACAGUACAUGUGAAGUGUGUUCAAGUGGAUAAAAGUUUCCUAAUGCUAAUAUGACAGAUUAUAGAAUCUUUUUUUUUUUGUUUGCUGUAAUUCUUGUAUUACCUUGGCACUCCUUUUUCCUUGAUGUCAUAUGAGAGGGAAUAUGGGCUCUACGUGUAUGGUUAUCUAGGGUGUAAAUCUUUUGCGAACAAUGAAUGAAACAUAUCUUCCUACAUUUCAA